CCAAUUUAUUGUACUCCAGACCACUCCAGACACUGCAUUAGAACAGCAAUGUUAAUUUUAAUUAAUAAAAACAAAAUCGUGCCCAAAAAAUAACCCCAAUUGUGUUAUGGAAGGUAGUUCCAGUGCAAACGACCCAAAACCUAAAAAACCGACCAAACAACCCCGCGCCCCCAGCAAAGAUCACGUUUUGCGCAAACGCCGUCCCCAGAAGCCCGAGCGCGACGCCUCCGUGGUCUACGUCAACACCAAAACCCCCAUCAAGGCGGUCGUCGACCGUUGCUGUAAACUGAUCAACAAAGGUGAAAAGGAGCUCACUCUGUACUGCCUGGGGGCCGCCAUCCAGCGCGGAAUCCUCAUCGCUUUGAGGUUAUGUGAACAAAAUGUGGCUUACAAAAUCCACUCCAACACGUUCACGACCGAACUGAUAGACGACUUGGAGCCCGCCACGGACGAUGCUGACUACACCAUCCAGCGCAGGUCCAACUCGGCUUUGAAAAUCCGCGUCUUCCGCAGCGACCCCCUCAAACCGUAG